UUUUUAAGCUAGGGUUAGGCUAAGCCACAUAAAGCCACUGUUAGGGUUAUGCUAGGGUCAGGCUUGAGUCAGGGUGUAGUCUUGAAGAUAGGGUUAGAGUUAGAGCUAUGGUUAGGGUUGAGCCAGGCUGUUGACAUAAAGCCACUGUUAGGGUUAUGGCUAGGGUCAGGCUUGAGUCAGGGUGUAGUCUUGAAGAUAGGGUUAGAGUUAGAGCUAUGGUUAGGGUUGAGCCAGGCUGUUGACAUAAAGCCACUGUUAGGGUUAUGGCUAGGGUCAGGGUGUAGUCAUGAAGAUGGGGUUAGAGCUAUGGUUAGUGUUGAACCAGGCUGUGGACAUAAAGCCACUGUUAGGGUUAUGGCUAGGGUCAGGGUGUAGUCAUGAAGAUAGAGUUAGAGCUAUGGUUAGGGUUAGGGUUGAGCCAGGCUGUUGACAUAAAGCCACUAUUAGGGUUAUGGCUAGGGUCAGGGUGUAGUCAGGGUGUAGUCAUGAAGAUGGGGUUAGAGCUAUGGUUAGGGUUGAGCCAGGUUGUUGACAUAAAGCCACUGUUAGGGUUAUGGCUAGGGUCAGGCUUGAGUCAGGGUGUAGUCAUGAUGAUGGGGUUAGAGUUAGAGCUAUGGUUAGGGUUGAGCCAGGCUGUUGACAUAAAGCCACUGUUAGGGUUAUGGCUAGGGUCAGGCUUGAGUCAGGGUGUAGUCUUGAAGAUAGGGUUAGAGUUAGAGCUAUGGUUAGGGUUGAGCCAGGCUGUUGACAUAAAGCCACUGUUAGGGUUAUGGCUAGGGUCAGGCUUGAGUCAGGGUGUAGUCUUGAAGAUAGGGUUAGAGUUAGAGCUAUGGUUAGGGUUGAGCCAGGCUGUUGACAUAAAGCCACUGUUAGGGUUAUGGCUAGGGUCAGGCUUGAGUCAGGGUGUGGUCAUGAAGAUAGGGUUAGAGCUAUGGUUAGGGUUGAGCCAGGCUGUUGACAUAAAGCCACUGUUAGGGUUAUGGCUAGGGUCAGGCUUGAGUCAGGGUGUAGUCAUGAAGAUGGGGUUAGAGCUAUGGUUAGGGUUGAGCCAGGUUGUUGACAUAAAGCCACUGUUAGGGUUAUGGCUAGGGUCAGGGUGUAGUCAUUAAGAUGGGGUUAGAGCUAUGGUUAGUGUUGAACCAGGCUGUGGACAUAAAGCCACUGUUAGGGUUAUGGCUAGGGUCAGGGUGUAGUCAUGAAGAUAGGGUUAGAGCUAUGGUUAGGGUUAGGGUUGAGCCAGGCUGUUGACAUAAAGCCACUAUUAGGGUUAUGGCUAGGGUCAGGGUGUAGUCAGGGUGUAGUCAUGAAGAUGGGGUUAGAGCUAUGGUUAGGGUUGAGCCAGGUUGUUGACAUAAAGCCACUGUUAGGGUUAUGGCUAGGGUCAGGCUUGAGUCAGGGUGUAGUCAUGAUGAUGGGGUUAGAGUUAGAGCUAUGGUUAGGGUUGAGCCAGGCUGUUGACAUAAAGCCACUGUUAGGGUUAUGGCUAGGGUCAGGCUUGAGUCAGGGUGUAGUCUUGAAGAUAGGGUUAGAGUUAGAGCUAUGGUUAGGGUUGAGCCAGGCUGUUGACAUAAAGCCACUGUUAGGGUUAUGGCUAGGGUCAGGCUUGAGUCAGGGUGUAGUCAUGAUGAUGGGGUUAGAGUUAGAGCUAUGGUUAGGGUUGAGCCAGGCUGUUGACAUAAAGCCACUGUUAGGGUUAUGGCUAGGGUCAGGCUUGAGUCAGGGUGUGGUCAUGAAGAUAGGGUUAGAGUUAGAGCUAUGGUUAGGGUUGAGCCAGGCUGUUGACAUAAAGCCACUGUUAGGGUUAUGGCUAGGGUCAGGGUGUAGUCAUGAAGAUGGGGUUAGAGCUAUGGUUAGUGUUGAACCAGGCUGUGGACAUAAAGCCACUGUUAGGGUUAUGGCUAGGGUCAGGGUGUAGUCAUGAAGAUAGGGUUAGAGCUAUGGUUAGGGUUAGGGUUGAGCCAGGCUGUUGACAUAAAGCCACUAUUAGGGUUAUGGCUAGGGUCAGGGUGUAGUCAUGAAGAUAGGGUUAGAGCUAUGGUUAGGGUUAGGGUUGAGCCAGGCUGUUGACAUAAAGCCACUAUUAGGGUUAUGGCUAGGGUCAGGGUGUAGUCAGGGUGUAGUCAUGAAGAUGGGGUUAGAGCUAUGGUUAGGGUUGAGCCAGGUUGUUGACAUAAAGCCACUGUUAGGGUUAUGGCUAGGGUCAGGCUUGAGUCAGGGUGUAGUCAUGAUGAUGGGGUUAGAGUUAGAGCUAUGGUUAGGGUUGAGCCAGGCUGUUGACAUAAAGCCACUGUUAGGGUUAUGGCUAGGGUCAGGCUUGAGUCAGGGUGUAGUCUUGAAGAUAGGGUUAGAGUUAGAGCUAUGGUUAGGGUUGAGCCAGGCUGUUGACAUAAAGCCACUGUUAGGGUUAUGGCUAGGGUCAGGCUUGAGUCAGGGUGUGGUCAUGAAGAUAGGGUUAGAGUUAGAGCUAUGGUUAGGGUUGAGCCAGGCUGUUGACAUAAAGCCACUGUUAGGGUUAUGGCUAGGGUCAGGCUUGAGUCAGGGUGUAGUCUUGAAGAUAGGGUUAGAGUUAGAGCUAUGGUUAGGGUUGAGCCAGGCUGUUGACAUAAAGCCACUUUUAGGGUUAUGGCUAGGGUCAGGCUUGAGUCAGGGUGUAGUCUUGAAGAUAGGGUUAGAGUUAGAGCUAUGGUUAGGGUUGAGCCAGGCUGUUGACAUAAAGCCACUGUUAGGGUUAUGGCUAGGGUCAGGCUUGAGUCAGGGUGUAGUCUUGAAGAUAGGGUUAGAGCUAUGGUUAGGGUUAGGGUUGAGCCAGGCUGUUGACAUAAAGCCACUAUUAGGGUUAUGGCUAGGGUCAGGGUGUAGUCAGGGUGUAGUCAUGAAGAUGGGGUUAGAGCUAUGGUUAGGGUUGAGCCAGGUUGUUGACAUAAAGCCACUGUUAGGGUUAUGGCUAGGGUCAGGCUUGAGUCAGGGUGUAGUCAUGAUGAUGGGGUUAGAGUUAGAGCUAUGGUUAGGGUUGAGCCAGGCUGUUGACAUAAAGCCACUGUUAGGGUUAUGGCUAGGGUCAGGCUUGAGUCAGGGUGUAGUCUUGAAGAUAGGGUUAGAGUUAGAGCUAUGGUUAGGGUUGAGCCAGGCUGUUGACAUAAAGCCACUGUUAGGGUUAUGGCUAGGGUCAGGCUUGAGUCAGGGUGUGGUCAUGAAGAUAGGGUUAGAGUUAGAGCUAUGGUUAGGGUUGAGCCAGGCUGUUGACAUAAAGCCACUGUUAGGGUUAUGGCUAGGGUCAGGCUUGAGUCAGGGUGUAGUCUUGAAGAUAGGGUUAGAGUUAGAGCUAUGGUUAGGGUUGAGCCAGGCUGUUGACAUAAAGCCACUGUUAGGGUUAUGGCUAGGGUCAGGCUUGAGUCAGGGUGUAGUCUUGAAGAUAGGGUUAGAGCUAUGGUUAGGGUUGAGCCAGGCUGUUGACAUAAAGCCACUGUUAGGGUUAUGGCUAGGGUCAGGCUUGAGUCAGGGUGUAGACAUGAAGAUGGGGUUAGAGCUAUGGUUAGUGUUGAACCAGGCUGUGGACAUAAAGCCACUGUUAGGGUUAGAGCUAUGGUUAGGGUUGAGCCAGGCUAUUGAAAAAAAAAACACUAUUAGGGUUAUGGCUAGGGUCAGGCUUGAGUCAGGGUGUAGUCUUGAAGAUAGGGUUAGAGUUAGAGCUAUGGUUAGGGUUGAGCCAGGCUGUUGACAUAAAGCCACUGUUAGGGUUAUGGCUAGGGUCAGGCUUGAGUCGAGGUGUGGUCAUGAAGAUAGGGUUAGGGUUGAGCUGGACUGUGAACAUGAAACUAGGGUUAGAGUUAGAGCUAUGAUUAGGGUUGAGCCGGGGUGUUGACAUGAAGCUAGGGUUACGGCUCAAUUUAACCACUGCUGUUAAACACCUCAAACCAUUUUUCCUCUCUUUCACU